UCCAGUUAUACACACCAGCCUGGGGUUCCCUCACACUUGCUCCCAGUGACAAGAGAAGACAAGGGACACAGGGAGGAAAUCUCUUUUUGUAUUACCUGUCUAUUUAUUUAAUCCUAAACCAGCUGAAUCAGAUACACGCAGAGAUAACCAGACAGACAAACAGGGUAUACACAUACCUGCAAAGAAAAACAGCAAACAGUCAUAAUGUUUGGUUAUGGUCGUAAUAAUUUUACCUGGAAUGGAACUCUGAAAGAGCUUGAGAGCAGCUACCCAGCCAUCUGCAAAGAGCGGCAUCGACAAAAUAUGACAGCCUCCCCACACUCCUCUGGCGGCCUAGAAGUCCUCCUUUCCACUCUGCAGAAUGCAGGGGAUGUGGAGAGCACCUUAAAUAUCCUCAAUGUCCUUGAUGAACUUCUGUCUGCUGGUACAGAUCGUCGUAUCCACUAUAUGAUCAGUAAAGGUGGCAGUGAGGCCUUGCUGACUGCACUGGUCAACACCGGCCGCAGUUUCACUCCCAACUAUACCAUCCUGCUUCCACUGCUGCACCUGCUGGCUAAAGUUGGACACAGAGACCGCCGUAUAGGUAUGAAAGCAGAGGAGGCUGGAGCUGUGCUGCUGACUCUGAAUCUGCUCAAACAAAACAUCAACCAUGCCAGGAGAGCUGCAGCCUGCCUCUGGGUCAUCCAAGUCCUCUCUUCAUCAGUUUCUACUGCAAACCUGAUAGGAGAAAACCAGGGACUGGAUGUCAUCUACUGCCUCAUCCCUCAGUAUACCACCAAACAUCUGCACACAAUCAAGGCAGCCAUUCAUGCCUUUGCUGCUCUGCUGUGCACAAAGGAUAACGUUUGCUCCGUGGUAUCUAAGGGUUAUAUUUCUGGCCUUGUGCGGCUUUACGAGGACUGGCACAGCAAGGAUACUCAACAUGUUGCCCUAUCAAUCUGCUAUGCACUGCUGCUCUGCCUCCAUAAGGUCACCCACAGUACUGCAGGCAGACAGGCUUUCAUAUCCCAGGGAGGCCUUAGAGUGCUGUAUCAAACUACACAGACAUGUAUGUUGAGUAAAGCUCUGGAGUCUCUGGUGAAGCCCUCUGUACAGCUGAUGAGGAAGUGCCUUCCUAAAACUCCUCUACCACUGACAUCAGAUCAGUCUGCAUACACCUUCCCCCUACCUGGAAGACCUCAUACUGUCCCUGAUAUCGAUGUGACUCCAGAUGAGAGCAGUGAUGAGAGUGAUGAGGAGGCUGAAAAUAACAAAGAGACAGACUAUGAUGAAGACUUGGAGACUGACCUCAACCAACUUCGUAUUCGUCCUGACCCAGACAGACCCAAAGAUCUGCUGCCACAGUACAGCCGCCUCUGCCCUGAACUCUUGCAUGACUUCCAGGAGCUGGAUUUGAGUUCAGAGCCAGAGGAGAGUUCACCAGCAUCAUCAUCGUCUUCAUCAGAUGAGGAUUCUGUGCUGCUUAACAGUUUUCCUCCUCGCACCUCCAGGUGGGACAGAAGGAGCAGUAGUUUCAGCAGUGAUUCAUCACCUUCCCUUUCAGCGUCUCACUCGAACAAAGAAAGGGCCACAGAGGGGCACACACCAGGUGCUGCCCUCUUAGAGGCUUGGGAUUUCCACAGUCACAGCAGCAUCCUCAGCACCAGCCCUAGGUUUAGGACCAUGGUUAGAAAGGCAAGGGAAGAAGCCCCCCCAGGUCAACGAGGGGAUGAGCAUGAUGAUGUGGAGGAGGGAGGAGAAGAAUCCCACCAUCGUACGACAAUAGACAGGUUGUUGGAAAGACACGGAGCCUGUAUUCCACACCAUGAACCCAAACUGUACCGCACUGCAGCCGCCAAAACCAUAUCUAUUCCAGGGUUCAAUAUCCUGGCUUUUCCUGAUUUCUGGGGUCACCUCCCACCACCAGGACAUGAACCCAUGGUCCCACGCAAACCCAACAUACAGAGGCAGAAAGUGUUUGAAGAUGUCCAACGUUUCCUGAAUACUGAUGACAUCAUCAACCAGGUAGUGUUUGACCUGGAAGACGAAAGUCUUCAGAGUCCAUCUAAUUCCUUGAGGUUUUUCUCUAAAUUUGAAUGUGGGAACCUAAGGAAGGCUAUUCAGGUCCGCAGCUAUGAAUAUGACCUCAUAUUGAAUGCAGAUGUUAACUGUUCCCAGCACACCCAGUGGUUUUACUUUGAAGUCAGUAACAUGGUGGCAGACGUCCCUUACCGUUUUAAUGUCAUCAACUGUGAGAAGACCAACAGCCAGUUCAACUAUGGAAUGCAGCCAGUGCUGUACUCAGUAAAGGAAGCUCUGGAAGGUAGACCACACUGGGUCAGGAGCGGAACUGAAGUUUGUUAUUUCAGAAACCACUUUUGUCCAGCUCGGGGCAGAAAGAGAACAACCUUUUAUACUCUGACCUUUACCAUCACCUUCAAACACAACGAGGACGUUUGCUACCUGGCCUACCAUUACCCCUACACAUACUCUGCUCUGAAGGCUCAUCUGAAGGUACUGCAGAAAUCAGUGGAUCCUGCCAAGGUGUUUUUCCGGCAGCAAAUUCUUUGUAGCACUCUGGCUGGAAACUCCUGUCCAGUGGUCACCAUCACUGCAUGUCCUGCCAGCAGGGCCUGGAAAGACAUCCACCAGCUACGUAAUCGCCCCUGUAUCGUGCUAACAGGCCGUGUCCAUCCUGGUGAGUCCAAUGCCAGUUGGGUGAUGAAGGGCACACUGGAGUUUCUCUGUAGCCAGGACCUGGUGGCCCAGGGUCUAAGGGAGGCCUUUGUCUUCAAGCUCAUCCCCAUGCUCAAUCCAGAUGGAGUCAUCAAUGGCAUGAAUCGCUGUGAUCUGAACAGCGAAGAUCUGAAUCGUCAGUGGUCCAAACCACACCCGGUCCUCAGUCCAACCAUCUACCAUACCAAGGGUUUCCUGUACUACCUCAACAGUAUAGGACGAACUCCACAGGUCUUCUGUGACUACCACGGCCACUCUAGAAAGAAGAAUGUGUUCUUGUAUGGCUGCAGUGUUAAGGAGACACUCUGGCAGUCGGGCUCUGCUGUUGACACUGUACGAUUGAGGGAGGACCCUGGAUAUAGGACCAUUCCAAAGACCUUGGAUCGCAUUGCACCAGCCUUUUCUUUCAACAGCUGCAACUAUUUGGUGGAGAAAUCUCGCUCUGCCACCGCAAGGGUGGUUGUCUGGAGAGAAAUGGGCGUGCUGAGAAGUUAUACCAUGGAGAGUACCUUCAACGGUUGUGACCAGGGAAUAUACAAGGGCCUGCAGACAGGAACCAGGGAGCUGCAGGAGAUGGGCGUGAAGUUCUGCCAAAGCCUGCUGUCUGUAACCAAAGACACUCUUUACAGCAGGAGACUCAUCAACCACAUCGACCUGGACCACAACAUCCUGGACCACAAAUCUCACAACUGUUUUGAAGAUGAUGAGCCUCCAUGUGUCGAGGAGAUUGAGUAUUCCACAGACUGUCCAGCACUGAAAGGUACUGAUCUGGAUUCAGAUGUCAACAGCAACAUGGCCAAUUUCUGACGGAGAGGGAGAGGGCAACGAAGGACACAGGGAAGCAAGAAAUCGGCAAGGCAGCAUUGGCCAAUCACAGCAGCCAAGCAUGAAGAGCUGCCUAUUCCCUCGCCUGAUCAAACAGGCUUCCAUCAAGACACUCGGUGAGAAAAGAAACACGUGUAAUGGCUUGAGCAUCGCCAAUGGAGAAAUCACGAGUUAAAGGGAUAUUUUAAAAUGUUUGAAUUUUGUUUUCUUACUAGAGGUAGAGAUAAGAACCUAAUUUUUUAUCUAAAAGGUCUUCAAAUCAUUGUGAGCUUUCCCCCUUGACACAUAUCUAUCUAUCUAUCUAUCUAUCUAUCUAUCUAUCUAUCUAUCUAUCUAUCUAUCUAUCUAUCUAUCUGCAUAAAUAAUGAUUAGCACAAGUUCAUGGGUAAUACACCUCCUCAUUCAGUAUUGAUUCUUUGAAGGGUAUUCCAAGUUGUCCAAUUUUGUUGGUCUGGCAGUAUGAUCAACUUUGUUUAAUUUCCAACUCACAAAUCUAGAAGUCUAAAAUGUGGACAACCUCCUAUACACUGCAUGAAAAGUGGAAUGAGUGCAGCGUGGCACAGAGCUCGGUGAGCUCCUGGCUGCGAAAGGACGGAGGUCGCACAAUCCACCCAGACACCCCGCCAACGUUGCCGUCUUCCGCAUCAGACAUCAGGUCUAUGGUGGCGGACUUCCAAAGUUCCCCCUCUUCCUCAUCUAGCACACUCUGUCUCGCUUCCAGCAGCUGUAAAAACAAUCAAUAAAGACAAGCAGUACUGCGCGAUGCACAGCGUAUGGACACAACACAUCUUUUAAUGCACCUGAAAAAUAGUCACCAAAAAAAGUCUUAUCCUCUUUCUUCUCGGUCGACCCUGAGCUGAACUCUUCACAGCUUCCGCCUGCGGUGCAAGGUCUGGUCUGAAGCUCCUGCGUGUCUCGUAAUAGGUCUUACAGGCAGCUGGAAAACAAUUAAAUGAGAGUGGUAUGAAUAAAAAAAACGUAAGUCACAGUAAAACAAGGAAGGACAAAACAGUAAAAGUUACUUACACACAAUGUCGUCAUUAUCAGCAUUGUGUAAAUCUGGACUUGCAGACAUAGCUCCGAGCAAAUAGGAGGUCACAGCCUCGUUAUGAGGCGAGGUUAGUCUGUGAAAACAAAAUGUACGGUUAAGAUCGGUAUCUAUUAACGUAUCUAUUUCCUUAUACAGCAGAAUGAAAGCAUAUUCUUUAAAUCUUACCCUUGCUCCGGUUCGUAGCGCCUACAAUUUGUCUCCGAGUUGUGAAGACGGUGUACUGCUUCCUGUAAAUUACAAGACAAAAAAAUACACUUUUAUAAAGCAAAUUACACUGGUUCUGCUCACUUGUUCUUUUACAAGGCUACUAGGCUACUUUUAGCUUGGGCUACUUAAAAAAAACCUUUGCUUUUAGGCUAAUUUUAGCUUAGCUAGUAGUCACCGAACAUAUUCUUACCGCAUUCUUGGGAUUGUGCACCCUUCUUCUCUUCUUAGAGUUAGUCUCUCCCUCAUAGUUUUUCGACUCCAAAGCAGCCAACCUAUCCUCCAUGGACCGCAACCUGGAGUUUACUGAACUGCUGAGUUGAGUGAACUGCUCAUUCACAUCGGCAACAAACAGAGUAAGCUGACGAGACAGCCCACUGAUAGCAUUCAGCAAUUUCUUCUAAUUAUUGAAAUAAAUUGUUUUGUUGUACUAACUCACUGGAGGCUUCUUACCGAACAUGGGGGAAGUUUAUUUUGUUCCUGACGAACACAGUGUAUAUCACGAUCACAUCAUCUCUCACAGUAAACAGGACUAAAUUCUUCUUCUUUCCAUCUAUUGCAUUCCCAACAGGUAACAACUUACUCAUCGCCUCCUAGUGGAUCUGAGGACAAUAUAUAUAUAUUUCUCUCAAUUCUUCACAGUUACUACAUUUGUGUAUCUUUUUUACAUAACAUUUGCCAUUGCUAAUGACAUACACAGUAAUUCAUCUAGCAUACUUUAAUUAAAUAAAUCAAUUCAAGCUAAAAUUUAAGAGUCUAUAAUGAGGCUUUACUGAGCCUGAUCUUAUUUAUACCAGAGAUUUUCUUACCUUUUGGAAAAAUGUCACCUGGGGUAAAACUCCCCCUGUUACCCUGAUUUGCAUUUGUAUAGCUCACAGCAUUUUCAUUUACAUGUUAAAGCCUCCCCUAGAAUUAGGGGGAGGGGGGUCAUGGGGGGGGACAACUUCCAAGCAAGGCCCACGUCAAUUUCCGACAAUUCACGGCAGUUUUACAUGUUGCCUGCAAAUUGCAGACGAAAAUCCCACUUUUCAUGCAGUGAUAGACAAACGCACAUAAAGUGAUUAUAUCAGACCUGAAUUCUCUUGAAGUUGGCUCUAAGUGAGGAUCGCUUACAAUCCUAUCAUGCCCUUUUAAAGCUAAGCUAAAUAUUACAUGCUAACUACCGUCUGUCUCUUAAAAAAAGUAGCUUAAGUUAAAUGUACAUUUUUACCAGCUUGUAGAUUGAACUUUUCUCACCUUCCAAAACAAAAUUGCAAGCCUUAAAAUAAUGCUAGUCUGUAUUUUGUUUGUUUUACUUUUAGUCACUGGGUGGGCAACAAGAGGCUGAAAUCAGCUGGCAGUGUUCAGUCGCACUCCCUUAUAAACUACUUAAUUAAAUUCAGGUGAUGGUUUAUUUUUAUCAAUGCACAGGAUAUGGAUUAUUUAGACUUACAUUACAUACAUUUAUACAACCAUAGUUUAGUUGUUACAAUAGUUGACUGUAUUUAGUAGAGGUGUUGAAAUUAAUCAAAUAAUUGAUGCAUCACGAUGCAGACAUGGACGAUGCUGCAUCGAUGCAGUGGCCGACCAUAAUCGAUUAUAACGCAAUGAUGUCGCUCGUUAAUUUUUCCGGCCGCAGCAUAAACAUUCAAAUGAAAAAUAACAUUCUCAGUAGCCUAACCCAUUUCAUCUAGACCAGUACUUCUCAAAUAGUGGGGCGUGAGAGACAGGGGGGACUGACGGGGGAGGAGAGAUGGAGAAGUUUCUGACAGGAGUAAAAAGAAAAAUGGAGGAGAACUCAGAGGCAAGAACAGCAAGUGACGGUAACCGGCAUAAACUUAAUAAGACCAGGAAAUACUACAAAGCCUACAUAGCCUUUGGGUUUACCGUGAAUACGGUCGGAAAUGAGGAAAGACCUGUGUGUGUUUUAUGUUUAAAAACUAAAAAAAUAAGCCACUGGACUUUUUUCAUCGGAUACUUGAUGAGUAUCGCCAACAGGCCGGUCAUUUAGUGAGCGUGGCAUCAGUAAAUAAAAACGCAGCGUUAUCCUCGUACAAACACCGCCACAUCGCAAGGUGCAAAAAACCAUCACACAAUAGCAGAGGAACUAAUACUCCGGCAGCACUGGACAUGGUCACAAUCAUAGGUGAGAAAAGUGCUGAGACACUGAAUACUGUCCCUCUGUCUAAUGACACGAUCGGGAGACACGUGUGUGUGUGUGUUUGUGUGUGUGCUAUCUGCUGUGUUCAGACUGUUAAAUAAAAAAAGUUGUUUAUAUCUUACUACUUGUAGUUUUGGAUGAAAACAACCAUAUGAAAUAAUAUAGAAAACUAUUAUAUUGAACUAUUACUACUACUACUAUGUUUUAAAGAGUUCGGUCUAGACCUACUCUAUUUGGAAAGUGUCCUGAGAUAACUUCUGUUAUGAAUUGGCGCUAUACAAACAAAAUUGAAUUAGAAUUAACUAUACAGUAUCUUAAUGCAUUCCGUCAAGUCAAAUGUCCUAUAUGGCUUUAAUAGAAAAAAUUAUUUGAAGCAUCGUGAUGCAUCGAGGAAUCGAAUCGAAUCGAAUCGCUGACAUGAUAAUUGUAAUCGAAUCGAAUCGGGAGAUCAGAGACAAUUCACACCUCUAGUAUUUAGCAGAUUGAACUGUACUUUCGUAAUUGCUGCUGUGCAAAACUUACACUUACUUGCUUGUAUUAAUCGAUUCAAGUGUUGGAGACUUCAGAAAAACCACAGCAUUGGUUGUUUGUUCAAAAAGGUUUGUGUAGGAUUUAGUGGAAUCCAGUGGUGAAGUUGCGGAUUGCAACCAUUUGAAUACAGCUCAGCCUUCCAAGUGUGUAUGAGAAACUACAGUGUCCGUGAGACUUGUAUUUGGUUUGUCCAUUAUGGGCUACUGUAGAAAAAUGGCAGUUCAACAUGGCGGCCCCCACAGAAGAGGACCUGCUCCCUCUGUAGAAAUAAAUGACUCAUUCUAAGUUAACAUAUACACAACGAUUCUCAUUUUCAGGUGAUUACACUAAUGAAAACAUACCUGUGAACAGUUAUUAAAUUAUGAUAUGUUAAGUGGAGGCACCCUGUGAUGUCAGGGUUGCCAUAGGUGCACGUGUGUGGCGUGCACAUAGACUAUAAAAUCUGAUAUUAUUUGACACUAAUUUAUUGCAAGUGUAAAUAAAAUAUAACAAGGUUAGACAAUGCUAUGCUCUGAACACUACUAAAAUGUUAGUAAGUAAUUCUAGAUACUGUAGGCAGUGUGCAAAACGGCUGAUGAGAAUGGAAGCUCUCUGUAAGUGCACUCUCUGGUGUAUCUGCAAUUAAAUGAGUAAAUAUAAAAAUAUUAUCUGAGCAGGAUAUCAGAGCAAUUUACAUUCUGUUAUCAAACGGUCUAUACGAUUUGCCAUAUCCACACAGUCACAUCUCAGUGCUCCCAUUACAAUCUUCUCCCUUUAGAACAGUUUGCUCCAUCUGUCUGUCUAAGAAAAAGUAGGCCUAUGCAGAACGAGAUAUAAUCUACAAUUUAUUGAAUGGAACGCUUUUAUAGAAUCUUAAGAUAAGUGAAAUUAACUAUAUAAUGUCAAAAACGGUGGGCAGGUUAGGGUUAGGGUUAGAGGGUCAGAGGAAGAGCGGGUCGUUCCUUAAUCGAAAGGUUGUGGGUUUGAUCCCCGGCUCCUGGUGCCACAUGUCAAAGUAUCCUUGAGCAAGAUACUGAACCCCAAAUUGCUGCAACUAGUAGCAAUUUACAACUAGUAAAGUUAGAAAAACUACAACACCACACCGGAUCUAGCUAGACCGGAAACAAAACAACAGGCACGCCGCACACACUUGUUUAAGAGUCGUAGAUGUUAUGUUUUGAGUGGAUGGCGAGCACGAGACGCCGAAAUGGAUGAAUUCCUUGUUGUCUGAAAAUGUCAACAGGCUUGUCUGUUUGAGUAACUGGCUCAAAGCAAAGAAGUAGUAGGCUUACCUUUUGGUAACCGUUACUGUUCAUUCUUUCUGAAAUAAGAGGCUGGGUUGAGCCUCUGAUGAAUAAAGAGCAAUAGCCUGACUGCUAUGUUCAAAGCAAACUUGAGAAAAGUAAUAAGCCAUGGUUUAACUUAUAGGCUGAGUCCUAGUUUACCUUACAUGUACACUUAAAUAAUGGGACAAAAAGAAAUCAAGGGACAUUUAGAAUAGAUAAAAAUGUGCGAUUAAUUGCAGGUUAACUAUGACAUUAAUGCGAUUAAUCGCGAUUAAAUAUUUUAAUCGUUUGACAGCACUAAAAUGUACAUUUUUAAAGUUUUCCUGCUGGACACUAGAUGUCCAUUCUCAGUGUAUCGGCACUGUUGGCUUCCAGUUUCUACAUCACACUGUACAAGUUCUUCCAAACUAUUUGUGAUGUCACAAAUUAUGCUGUGACCCCACCUCUUAAAAUCAGCUUUUUAAUGAGCAUAGAGAAAGUUUUCACUUUCAACAGAUGAAUGUGAAAAAACAUCCUUCUAGUGUCAAACUCUGCACAGACAUUGAUCGGGUGUGGACUUUAAGGAUGAAAUUACACUGCUAAAAUCAAACCAUUUACUGCUCCUCUUUUCUAAACAUGAGUUUAGAGUAACAUACUAAACAGUAAUAAUGAAUAUGGAUGUAGUUUUAUUCAGUGACGAGUCAUCCACUUACUGGAACCAGGCUGCUGUCACUGCUGUGGUAGCUGGUCAGGCUGCUGUAGGGAACUGAAGAAAGCCUACCCACUCCUGGUAGUCCACAUGGCGACAGUCCUGCACUCUGGUUUCUUAUGUGGAGAGAAGAAAAAGCCUUUGUGGAUCACACUUCACCUAAGAAUGUAGUCUCCUAAACAUUUUAGCAAAAACAAGCUUUUCAAAAUGAAAUGCGUCAUUUUAAAAGUACAGGACUGCAGUGGAAUAAUAUAACAUUCUCACUAUAAUCCCUAAAAAGCUUACUCUCUCUCAUUGUAUGAGAGUUUUUUUAAACAGAUGUGAUAACAGAGGUAGCAUUAAUCCUGGCCAAACACUGGCCGUGUUGAAAAAUACUGCUUCUGCUACAUGAUAGCUGAAUUUGUGCAUAAAAUAUGUAUAUAUGAUCAACACUCACUAGCAACUUGUCAAAUUCUCCAGUAUUGGUCAGUGGCUUUAAAAUAUGACGCUGCAGGUAUCCCUCUAGUGUCAUUUCUGAUUGGGCUCUGUGAGUUCCACAGGCUCAGUGGUCAAGAAAGAAACAAGAAAUAUGCAAUGUCUGGGCUAUAAAAUUAAAGCUUGCAUGGUUAAUGUUGUGAAAAGGUCAAGAAUUGUCAUGUUUUCAUUACCUUAGAAUAAGCUGUUAUCUACAGAUGCCUCAGACCACCUUUGAUGGAGUCUGCCCUGUUGAAUUGCCAUGCUUCUACAGGCUUUUUCGCAGCCACUGUAGUUUCUCCUACACACUCGUCAAAAUACAUGCGGUGUACAGUCUCAAUCUACAACUUUACAGCUAGAUACCACUAUAUCAUACACACUGGUCCUUUAAAACAUGUUUACUUUUGGUUUCAUGUGGGACACGAACAGCAAUCUCCUGGGUUAAAGUCCACCAAGUCCAUUUUUCUUUUGUGAUUUAUGCCAUGUCCAAAAAUUAUGCUGGAUGAUACCUACAGCGACGUAUUUUGGGACUUGUUGAUAUGAUACAGUUUAAGGUUGUGCUGUAAUCUCUUUCAGUUACAGCUUUCAGUGUGAAAGGUUUGUUUAACAGGUAUCUGUAUGUGUUAUGAUCAUGUUUUUUUUUAAAUAUUUGUAAUAGGCAUGUAAUAUGUGAAGCACUUAGAGUUAAUCUGUUUGUAUUCUGGAUAACAUACAAAGUUUGUUUUCAGGGCAGUAAAACUUUGAACAAAAGAA